GGGAAAGCAGACUUAUUUCUCCCAUCUCGAAGCCAAGGCAGCUGGUUCUCUCUUAGUCUCCCCGUUCUAUAUUUUCAUUCACAACCAUGGCCUCCAAGUGUGUCCACAAGGGCUGCGGGAAGGAGUUCACCGACGCCGAAGAGCCCUGCGUUUACCAUCCCGGCCCGCCAGUGUUCCACGAAGGUCAAAAAGGCUGGAAAUGCUGCAAGCCCCGCGUUCUCACCUUCGAUGAAUUCCUCGCCAUCCCCCCGUGCACCACGGGCAAACACUCCAUCGUCGACGAUACUCCCCAGCCUGCCCCGCAACCUGUCGUCGAAGAGGCUCCUUUAGCCCCGGCCUCGACGCCGGUGGCGGAGCCUCCCCGCCAUGCCAUCUCGCCCGCCAUUGCCCCUCCUUCCAAUGCGCCUACUCCCGUUCCCGAAGAGCCCGAGUCCGACGACCCCGAUCUCGAGAUCCCGGCCAACGCCACCUGCCGUCGGAAAGGCUGCAACAAGGGAUAUGAUUCUGCCGUGGCGCGCGAGGACGAGAAAUGCGUCUUCCACCCCGGCGCACCCAUCUUCCACGAGGGCAGCAAGGGUUGGUCCUGCUGUAAGAAGCGCGUGCUCGAGUUCGACGAGUUCCUAAAGAUCCAGGGCUGCACGGAGAAGACGAAGCAUCUGUUUGUUGGAAAGGGCAAGCCCCCAGGCGAGGAGAAGGUAGACACUGUCAGAAACGACUUCUACCAGACGCCAUCCUCCGUCAAUGUCUCUCUCUACCUGAAGAAGAUCGACAAAGAGAACGCCAAGGUCCAGUUCACCGCCACAUCCUUGGAGUUGGACCUGCCUACGACGGAUAACAAGCGGUACAAGGAUACCUAUCAGCUGUUUGCGCCCAUCGAUCCCGAGAAGUCCCAGUUCCGUGUCAUGGGGACGAAGCUGGAACUGACCCUGGUCAAGGCGGACGGCACCAGCUGGCCGGUGCUGCGCAGCGACGAUAAAUGGACUGGAGAGCGCAUCCAGGUCGGCAAGGCUGGCAGGGCUUGAGCAUGUUGGGGGGACGGCACGGAUCAUGAAAAUAUAAUAUACCAUCACAGGCUACGAACCGAUGAACCGACAUAUAAUGGCAUAAGAAAGCACACGUAGCAUGGAAAUGAAAUGAUUGCUUUGGGCAGACAUGACAGAUGCACAUACCACCUGCAUAUGCCGGGG